AUCUCUAUGGUGGAAAGUCGACAGGAAAUGUGACGUAUCCUUUGUUGUGACGAUUUUAAGAAUUCUUAACAUUAGUAAAAUGGCAGAGUUACGGUUGGAUUCAGACAGUCAUUUACAGUAUGGCCCUUUUGGCAGCGAUUUAGCGGAUAUUUGCAUUGAUCCGGAUGGUGAAUGGGACAUCAACCUGUUUGAAGAACUUGAGAACCUAAGUGAUGCAGAGGAACUCCUUCAAGAAUUUGAGUUCUCACCACAUAAUAAAACAACAUGGAAAGAGGUGAAUGACAUUAAUCUGUUACAAUGGAGAUCCUUCGCCAGUGGAGAUACUGACGCUUGCUGCACAGGUGUUGGAGUGCCUGGGUCCUCCCUAUCACCUGGAUCUGCACUCAGUGAUACCUCCUCACUGUCACCACUGUCCCUGAAACAGGAGGAUGCUGUGUCUAUGCAGCCUUUGCCGACUAUGCUCACUCCCCAGAGGGUGUCCAUCCAGCCCAAACCGCCCCCCUCUGUCCCCCUCACACACCCUGUGGCCCCUUUUCUCAAAACCAGGACCAUUGUCAUCCAGCCUGUUGGCCUACAGACUGUGGUCUCAGUGGUCAAGGCACCAUCACCUGUGACGGUCCAUGCUACUGCCCCCUCUACUGCAGGUCACACAAUGCAUCUCAAGCCGAGACAGUUGAUUGGACCACAGAUCGCUUCCCCAGCCCCUGCCCUCCUCACUGUCACCAACCAGGUGGUUACCAUGCCAACCGUCCCCCAUCAUGUUACCAUGGGGACCACUGUCCUCUCUGGCCCAGCCCAUCCCAUGACGGUGACCUAUCACAACACAGCAGUGGACACUGAGGUGUGUGCGGUGCGGCGGCAGCAGAGGAUGUUGAAGAACCGUGAGUCGGCCACACUGUCCAGGCUGAGGAGGAAAGAGGCCCAGCAGGCCCUGGAGGCCCGUCUCAAGGGUGCACUGUGUGAGAACCAGAGGCUGCUCCGGGAGAACGGAUCCCUCAGAACCCAGCUGGAGGGACUGCUUACUGAGAACACUGUUCUGAAGGUGACGGCUCCAAAGAGACGAGCUGUGUGUCUCAUGGUCGUCCUGGUCUUCUUCGUGCUUAACACUGGUCCCAUAAGUGUGUGGGAGUCAGAGCCCAGCAACUUCAGCCUGUCCACUGGGAAGCCACAAAGCAGCCGACAUCUGCUCAGCUUCUCCCCUGACCAACAACUGAGGAGUGGGGAGGAAACACCAGCCCCCCAGUCCCCACUGGAGCCCCUGGAUGCCCAGUACCCACAAUCCCACCAAUCCCAGGACAGUAGGUGGGAGGAUUAUACUCCAGAGGAGAUGGCUCUAGCUGUGGUCAAGAAGGAGCCUCUCCUGUUUGGGUCACCCUCCUCGCCCCCCUGCCAAUCCCACUCUCCUGUCUCUAGGUCCAAGUCCCUCCGUCUGGCUCAGAACUUGCGAGGCUGGGUUCAUCGACACGAAGAGGAGAGGACCAAGUCCACACGUUCAACCACUGAUCAGUCCAGACAUACAACAACUGAUCAGCACACAACCAAAACUGUCCUGAAGUCACCUGAGGAGAGACCCCAGACGAACCAGUCCAGUAACUCGGUUGUAACAGUCCGCUACUCUGAUAGACCAGGGAGGGAGGUUCAGGUGUACUACUCACGCCAUCAAAGCUACAGGGACUUCUUUGAUGAGUUAAAUCGACGAGGCGACACUUUCUACGUGGUGUCCUUUCGCAGGGAUCACCUUCUGCUCCCUGCAACCAACCACAGCAAGGGGAGCAGGCCAAAGAUGUCCUUGGUGUUACCAGCAAUUAAUGUGAAUGACUCUGUUAUCAAGGACAACACAUUUGAGGUGAUGAUGCAGAUUGACUGUGAGGUCAUGGACACCAAGAUCCUCCACAUCAAAACCUCCACCAUCCCAGAGUUCCUACGUGCCAACACCACUGACUUCCAAUCCACCCAUGCCAACGGAAAGGCAGCAGCUUCGGUUGGUGUUCUAUCAGACUCUGCCUGAACUUGGCCUUACCUAAAAGGCCUGGCAAUCUGAAAAACUAUCCUUUUAACAACCUUUUGGUGUAUUAAUAAACUGUGACAAAAAAUCUA